UAUAGGCUGAACCUUAAACUAUGCUGUGUAGUCUCGGUUUGUUCCACAGUCACUUUUAAUUUUCAAAAAGAAAAAAACCAUCUUUUAAAAACGGUGCGUAAAUUGCAUUUCUAUUUCCCAUGAUGGAUGUAAAGUGCGCAAUGGCUCCAAAUGAAGUUAAAGGAAUCACAUGGAGAUGAUGAAAUCGUUUCCACUAAGAUGCUGUGCGCUGCUGUGUGUUGUUGGGCUAAUUGGAAAUUUCAUUGGAAGUAUUAGUGGGGGAAAAAACGCUUCCUGUAAGUGCGUGUAUCGAAACAGAUAAAUGGGAGUAAAGGAGAAAGGAGGUGGUCAGUCAACUCAAGUGGACUUUACGCUUCAGCAGGAGUGGUGCCAAUAAUGCGUCUUCUUGUUGUUAUCAUCACAGACGCGCCGGAGUAGUAACCCACAAGGGACAGGCAGGUCACCGCGUCGGAGAGACACAAUAAAAAGGCAGCUGAGGAGCUACUUGGACGAGGACGCACACUGGACUUGGAGCUCCGGAUCUUUCAGAGGAUGACCACGGAUGCUCAGCGAGCGCUCAUAUGACUUCACAAGCUUUGGUUGUUAUCCAACAGAAGAGCAAGACUUUAAAGGGGACAUAUUUCUGGACUGGACAGGAACCUAAAGUUAUUCUUUAUUUCCAUUUUCAAUCAUUGUUGGAGUUGGACGCACUGAACUUGAUCAUAUAGUAUAGUUGAAAAAGGCUGAAGAUCAACUUUUUUUUCCCCAGAGGCUUUUUGGAGAAGGAGUUUUCUCUCCAUGGGAGCUAUGAGCGCACUACGUAAGCGCGUCACUAUGGGUCUGGUGCUACUGAUGUGCACGUUGACCGGCCACUGCAGCGAGAGCGCGCCUUCCUCCACGGCUGCAGCGUCCGGUAGCAGCGGGGACGCGCAGCGGGACUUCAGGAGGAUGGUGGAGCGCGUGAAGCACGUGGAGGAGAUCCGGGGUCGCCACAGCGCGAGAACGGAAGCCCCGUCGACGUCAUCAUCAUCACGGACGAGGAGCGCUCUGGUGGAACCGAAGGAUUUACGCACACUGAAGACAGACAGAGGGGACCAGGCUGUCGUCGUAUUCCCCAGAGAUCUCAGAAAGAAGGAGAAAUUCCUAAAACAUAUAACAGGUCCACUUUACUUCAGUCCAAAGUGCAGGAAGCACGUGUACAGACUCUACCACCACACCAGAGACUGCACGAUACCUGCAUACUUCAAGAGAUGUGCGAGGCUUCUCACAAGACUAGCCGGCAGCCCGCAGUGCACAGAGGGGUAGCACGCACAAGGUUGAGUCCAAACAAGUUCUCCAUGAGAAAAAAAAAAAAACUUUGGAAAAAAGUGCCUUGGACAAUAAGAGGGAAGCCUAAAAUACUCUGACCAGCCCCGACUGACAUUAGGCACAGCGUUGCCCGUCAGUGAGGUCUGCUCAGCUAAGGCGUGGAUUUACUGCCUCCCACCGCUCUGGCUGGGCCUCGAUGGAUGUCUCUUCACCACGAGGGAGGCAAUCAGCCAACAAAACCAGACCAAGAUAAAGAUGGUGAAGAUUGGAGAAAAAAAAAAGAAACAAGCGUCUGGAAGAAACAAACAACGGGGCCUAUUUUCCUGCUGGCAUCCAAAAAGAUGUUGCUAAAACAAAACAAAAAAGGGAUUGCAUAUCUUUAUUUUGUUCAUUUCUUUAAGAAAAGAGCAAAAUCCAAAUGUACUAUUUUUCGUAUGACUUGCUUUCUGCGGUUGGUUUGCUCUGUAUGAGUGUUGUGGGUUGAGCCCAUCCCUUCUACUGCACUACCCAUUACGCAGACAAAAAGCUCUCACUGACGCCUGGCAUCAGUCACGGCAUAGAUUCACCCACUUGUGCUCACACUGAGAAAGAACUGUGAUUAAAUUAUUAAUUGCAUCCACAUUUCUCUGUGUCUUUGCAAGACAUGUUUAAAAAUGAAGUGGCGGUUGUAAGUCACAGCCCUCCUGUGGAUCUUGGUAGAGCGUGGUUAAAAUCUAUAUUUAUAUAUUUGAGUUGUCAUAAGGUUUCACUGUACAGAUUAUAUGAAACAAGAGAAAUAUGUACAUACUGUAAAGCAUAAGAGGAAUCCACCUAUCCACCCCGUAAAUUAAAGUGACUGACAUUUAUCAAAUGGCUGUUAAAGACAUAAAAAAAUGAAAUAUAUUUAAAUAAAUUAUAAGAUUGGUACAAAUAUGAGUGUGUCUUGUGCAGUAUUUUCUGUUAUAUUCCCGUCUUGAAAUGUGGAAUGCUACCCGGACAACCACAUGACUGGACCGAGUCCUGAUACUAAACAGAUCUGGCGAACUUCCCAUCGCAGUUCAGCAUAUUUCAGUCACAUUCAUACUGGGAAAAAAAAAUAAAUCCUUUUAAAGGGCCAGUCCACCAAAUUACAAAACAACUUAUUUUCUCACUUAACUCUGAUGAAAUAGUUUUUAGUUUU